GCCCUGGUAACGGAGGAAGAACUCAGGGACCGUCAGAAGCCAUGAGUAAUUCGUGGGAACCUAAACGUUUUCCUUCAGACUCUUUGAAAGCCGUGGAGGAUGAAGAAGAUAUAAUAACUAUGUUUGACAUGGUCUACGGCAGAAUGAAUGAGAAGGUUGUGCUGCAGCAGCUGAUAAUGGUUGCCCGACUCCCCUUUGAUCCUGCUGAUAGAACAGAGCUGGGAGCAGCUCGUUAUGAAAAUUUCAAUGUUCACUUAUGCAAACAGCACAUGUGGGAUCAGGGAAUCACAGGGCUGCUGCUGAUCUAUCCGUCCUGUCUGCUGCAUGUCAUUGAAGCAUCUGAACACAUAGUGGAUUGUUUUUUGAAAGACCUUCAAGCCACGCAGCAACAUGCAGACUUCACCUGCCUGGAAGCGAAGAUUGUUUUCAUGAGCCAUAAUCUGGAAAGUAGACAGUUUCAGCAAUGGAGCUACAUGGUGCUGGAUGCAGGUCUGGUUGCUAGGAACCCUGUGGCCAGGAGGCCUGAAGAAGAUGAGGAGAGCAUAGAGAGUUUGGUCUCCAGUGUCCUGACACCACUGCAGAAUCUGGUUCUUCCUGGAUCCGUCUUGGAUGAGAAUCCAGAGCUUUUAAUCCCCCCGGUGAUUUUGGAAAAUCUUUUGGGUCGAGAUGAACUCUUAAGUCCACAGCAGUACCUGGAGAUGUACCAAUCCCCCUUAAACAUAAGCAUUGAAUUUGGACAAGCCAAUCUAGAAUCUUACUUCUAGAGCUUCCAUCCAUAAGUCCGUCUGAGCACCAUAGAAAAUGUAUUUUAUAGUGAACUCCUGUAUUAAAAACAUGAUAAAGAACAUGCUGGAAACUGAAUUUGUAGAAACCUUGUAAUAAAUGAAACACUGUUUUUAAAGCUCA